CUUCAUUUGCUCUUACCCUUUUUUUUUUGGCGAAAAUGAUGGGGGUAGCGUUUCAAUAUUGAUGGGAUUUUAUUACUUUAUAUCAUUACCUAUCAUCACUCUCUCUGGGGAAAUAAUGAUGAAGAUAUAUAGAAACCGAAGCUGAAGUGGUGUUCUUUGAAAUGAGAUGAAAUAUAUUCCUGAGUGACUUUGACGGGAGAAAUGUAUUUGGUUUAUUGACGAUAUCGGUGGUUAGAUCAAACAGAGUCGUCGGUUGACCAGCAGUCAGAGUGAAGAAAGUGAAUACCUCAAUCUCUGUUCGGCCUUGCCAACUCAUUCACCUCGAUAAUCCGUCUUCCUCGCUCAACUUCAAAUCAUGAAUUCACCCUUCUCGGAUAUGAAGCUUUGUCCUAAUAAGAUGGCUUCAAUUUUAUAUUUGGGAAGCCUCAAUUUUCUCCUACGAUUUCAAGAUUUGACUACUACGGGAACAACGAUAGGAAAUCCAUCGUCUCUCAGUAUAUCAAGAUCAUCAACAUCUUCAAAACAUACAAAAGACACAGAGGUGAAGAAAGGUCUAUAUCGCCAAACAAUGAGACUUCUACAACCAUUCAUGGAGCACUGGCUCUUGAUUCUCGUUACGACGUUUUUGGUAUAUCAGGUUACGUUGGUGGUUUAUCGACUUUAUUUUAGUCCUUUGGCGAAGUUUCCGGGUCCGAAAUUGGCGGCGGCAAGUCUUUGGUAUGAAUUCUACUAUGAUGUUUGGUGUGAUGGACAAUUUACUUUUAAGAUCAGAGAGUUGCAUAAGGUUUAUGGUCCCAUCAUCCGCAUCUCUCCCCAUCAACUCCACGUCUACGACCCUGCAUUUUAUGAAGAAUUAUAUUCCCAACACAAAGUCCGUCACAAGUAUGCCUACUUUCUCGAUCGUUUCCAACUUCCCGCUUCAGCUUUUGGAAGUGUAGAUUACAAACUUCAUCGAGAAAGACGCGCUGCUCUCAAUAAAUAUCUCUCGAAGCAAACGAUCAAGAAAUUGGAACCUAUGUUACUUGAUAUGCUUGAUAAGUUAUGUGGAAGAAUUGAAGAGUUCAAGGAAAAGGGUGAGAAGUUGGAUAUGAGAAUUGUUUAUCAGUGUUUUAUUACUGAUGUUAUUACUUUGUACGCACUAAAUCGUUCUUGGAAUCAUCUUGAUUCUCCCAAUUUCUCACCCCUCUGGGUCGAAACAAUAGCCGAGACCGUCAAAUUAGGUCAUCUCCUAACACAAUUUCCUAUUCUCCUACCUAUUUCUCUAGCACUUCCCAGAUGGUUCUUAAAAAUCACCAAACCUGGUUUUGCUCUGCUUAUGGAUUUUCGCAAGGCAAUUGAAGUAGAUACUAAGAAUAUUCUCGAUGGCAACUAUAAAUUUGAUCCUGAUAAAGGCAAUGGAAUUGAAGGAACAAUUGUCCAUGCAAUUCUUGAAUCGGAUGAAAUUCCUCCGUCGGAAAAAGAAUUCAAGAGAUUGUUUGAAGAGGCUUUUGUACUGAUUGGAGCUGGGAGUGAUACGGUUUCGAAUAUGUUGACUAACACACAUUUCCAUCUUCUCGACAAUCCACAACAUCUGAAAACCUUAAGGGAAGAAUUAAAAUCUGUUAUGACAGAUAGGUACGCAAGAGCUUGUUUGAAAGAUCUUGAAGGUCUUCCGUUUUUAAAUGCUGUCGCUAAUGAAGGUUUGAGACUUUCUUAUGGUAUAUCAACUCGUCUUCCUCGCGUUUCUCCUUAUGAAGUCAUGAUGUAUAAAGAUUGGGAGAUUCCUGCUGGUACACCCGUCUCAAUGACCUCAGUCCACAUGCAUCAAAACCCCGACAUCUUUCCCGACCCUCUGACCUUCAAUCCCUACCGCUGGUUAACCUCUACUCCCGCCAAUAAUUCUUCUUCCACCACUCUCACCCCCGACAAAACUCUCGAAAAAUAUCUCGUCGCUUUCAGCAAAGGAUCGCGCUCUUGUGCAGGCAUCAAUCUCGCCAAAGCCGAGAUUUUACUCACGCUCGCGACGAUUUUUAGAAGAUAUGAAGUACAGGAGUUGGUGGAGACAGAUAGGAGAGAUGUGGAGGUGAAGAGGGAUUUAUUUUUGCCGUUUCCCGAGGUGGGAAGGGGGGGUGUGAGGGUCAGGUAUGGAUAG